UUUUCUUCCCCCCUUCGCUCCUUUCAGGUCUUUCCGUCAGACCAGGAUAAAAAGGAGAAAUAUCCACAUAAAACUUCUGCAGCUCCAGUGCUCAGGAUGCGCUGCAGAGUAAAACUCAGCAUCAGGAGGAUUUUUCUGGUGACCCUGCAUGGGGCAGCAGUGGUGCUGCUUUGCAGCUGGUACACGGAGCUGAGUCCCUUCCGCCCCGAGCCCUCCAGUAGCAAAGUUCAUGUUCUGCUGCUGUCGUCAUGGAGAUCAGGCUCAUCCUUCCUGGGUCAGGUGUUCAGUCAGCACCCUUCUGUCUUCUACCUUAUGGAGCCUACUUGGCACGUGUGGAAGACUCUUCAGAAAGCAGGUAUGCAGGUGAUCCAGAUGGCCGUGAGGGAUUUGCUACAGAGCAUAUUCCAGUGUGAUUUUUCUGUGAUGGAGACCUACCUGCCCAAGCAUCCCAAAGUGUCCAAUUUGUUUUCGUGGCGUCAAAGUCGAGCCUUGUGCUCACAACCAGCCUGUCCUCUAAUGCCACACCACCAGAUCAGUAACGCGACUCGGUGCAAGAAGGAUUGUGAUGCUUGGGGCCUGCAGCUGGUGCAGGAAGCCUGCAGCACCUACAGUCACGUAGUGUUAAAAGUAGUGAGAAUUUUCGAGCUGGAAUCCCUCUACCCGCUUUUGCAGGACCCGAGCCUGGACCUCCGCAUCAUCCACCUGGUCAGGGACCCCCGGGCUGUUCUGCGGUCAAGAGAGGCAUUAAAGAAAAAUCUUAGGAGAGAUAAUACUAUUGUGUUAGAGCAAAGAAACAUACCAGCAACUGAUGUGCAGUAUCAGGUCAUGCAGGAGAUCUGCCGCAGCCAUGUGCACAUCCACAACGGGGCCGUCCUGAAUCCUCCUCCUUUUCUUGAAGGCCGCUACAAAAUGGUCCGCUAUGAGGAUGUUGCCCGCAACCCAAUUGAGGAGAUAAAUGCCAUCUAUGAGUUUGUAGGUCUCGAGCUGACCCCAGAGCUGGAGGGGUGGAUCUACCACAUGACCCACGGGAAAGUCAAGGGCAAAGGGGCCUUCAAAAUUACAUCACGCAAUGCUACUGAUGUUUCCCGGGCGUGGCGUAGCACGCUGUCGCACAACAAAGUCAAACAAGUCCAGGAAGUGUGUGAAGGGGCCAUGACACUACUCGGGUACAAAACAGUUAACAGUGAAGAAGAACAGAAGAGAUUGGACAUCGACCUUCUUGUUGACAAAACAAGGUGGAGGGUACGCACAUCCCAAGAAAAGCUUUCACAGGUGCUGGAUCAAAAGUCAAACUGAAGGCAAG